GACCGUUUCCGGCGGCGGCGGCGGCGGAGGGAGAGAGGGACGGACGGCGGCCCCGUGUCCGCGGCCAUGAACCGCGUCCUAUGUUUAAGAAAUGAGACUCUCUUGAAGCAAGCAGCUGCUGCAAUCCUCAGGCUGACUGCUUCCAGACAACUCCCUCCGUACUCAGCAGGUAAUGUCCAGGCCGACAAGAGGCAUUACAAGUCAAUGCCCACCCAUGGGAUUGGGAGGUAUAAAUACCUCCUCCCAAAGGAAGUGGUACGGAAGAAGAAGGAUAAGCUCCAAAUGAAGGAGGUGAAAUUGGGCACUGACACCGUGUACGGUUCCCUGAAUAUCAGCGUAAAUGGCUUCAACUUGACCCUUGUCGAGCACUACAAUCAGUACAUCCACAAGCUCUGCAAUCAACUUGGGAUCAAAGUAGAAGAGAGCUAUGCAAUACCGACCAAAUCCACAGAGAUUUCACUGUUGCAGGAACAGGGCACAAAGACAUAUCUGGAAGCUAUUAUUACCACUCAUGAGAGGAUUAUACAGGUUAGUGGUUUGAGUUCAACUCUGGCCCCAAUUCUCGUGGAAGUCCUCAACAUGAAUCAGCCUGAAGGGAUACAGCUGUCAAUCAAGGAGCCCACUGUAGCUGAUUUCAAUGCACGGUUUAAGGCUCGGCCAGAAUUGGAAGGACUGAUGGCACAGAUGAGUUGAGAAGAAAUCCGAGGGAGAAGAGUACUGUGGCUUCAAUGUCACCAGCCACGUUACGAGGUCACCUUCGGUUGCCCUCCGAGAGUCAUUACCAAAUGAAUAUUGUCAGUAUCGCUUUGUUUCACAGAUCUCUUGCGAAGCAGCUAAAUUAUUGUACCUGUUGCAUAAUGCAUUUUAAUAAAAUUUGAAAUAUU